AUGCUACUAUUGAUGGAUCAAGAACAGCUUAUCGGGAUAACGGACCAAAAUACAAAAUUAUUAGAGAAAAACAGAAUUCUGAGAACUUCUCAUGAACUGUUAGUCCGCACUAUUUUGACGAUGCUGUGGGUGCCAAGGACACUAUUGACAUUUACUGAUAAUGCGGGCGCUGAGGGCCAUAGCGAUGAUUCUAGUGCGGGUGCCGAAGGCCAUAGCGAUAAUGCCGGAGCGGCUGAAAAAUUGUGCUUUUCUAAUUCUUUUUCUUGUAUGCCUUGUCCAGUUGCUGUCUUAACAACUGUAAUUCGGUUUCCAGUCGUAAUUUCUCUGCCCGAUCAUUUCUGCCUUCUUUCCGCUGCUGCUUACUACAAUGCUCGAUGCUGGGAUUACGACUGGGAUUACGACUGGGAUUACGACUGGGAUUACGACUGGGAUUAUACUCGUCGACGCCGGGAUUAUUAUACUCGAUGGCGGACUCCUCCUCUACUGACUGGACGACUGUUCUAA